AUGAACAGAGUUAGACAGACAGAAGGGACGGAUCGACUAACCUUGCUUGAUCUUCACGUGCAGGAUUUCGAGGAGUAUCUCAACUUGCAGUCGCGAACGUUCGUGCAGUAUUACCGCUGCCUGCCAUUGUCUCUCCUGAAGAAGGAGAACGCAGAUGAGGACGGGAAUAGGGUUAUCAUGCCGCUGUCUGCCCUUGAUCGGCUCGAACGCCUCAACGCCCAGUACCCGAUGCUGUUCCAGAUCAAGAACCCCAGCACGGAGCGCGUCACGCACUGCGGCGUGAGCGUGUUCUCCGCCAACGAAGGGUUCAUCCACAUGCCGAGCUGGUUGAUGACGCACCUGGGCGUCGUGGAGAACGAGAUCGUGCUGGUGAGGAGCACGUCGCUGCCCACGGCCACCUUCAUCAAGCUGCAGCCACACACCAAGGAUUUCCUCAAUGUCUCCUACCCGAGGGAACUGCUGGAGUACAACUUCCGCAAGUUCCCGUGCGUGACCGCCGGCGAGACGAUCGCGGUGACGGAGGGCGAGCGGUGGUACUACCUGGACGUGCUGGAGGCGCAGCCGGCCGACGCGGUCUGCUCCCUCGACACGGACUGCGCGGUGGACUUCGCGCCGCCGCUCGACUAUGUGGAGCCCCCGCCGCGCGUCGUCGCCAGCCAACAAGGCGGCAGCGUCGACGAGCCGGCCCGGUUCACCGGCGUCGCGGCGCGGAUGGACGGCAAGCCCGUGGAGCAGCCGCCGCCCACGCCGUCUCCGGCGGCGGCAGUGAACGCCGUAGCUCCGGGUGUGCCCAAGAGAAAGGUUCGGUUUGGCGCCCCCUCCUCGGCGGCUGGCAGUGGCGUCAGCAAGGGGAAGGCGGAGGGCGCCGGCGGCAAGGAACAGGAGAAGCGGUUUACGGGGACUCAAUAUUCCUUGAACUCUUGAAGUUGAAGGACUCUGAACGAAAGAAGCUUGUGUUGUGUUCUGUGGUUUUUGCGGGCCCUUUUAACAGAGGAGUGGAUUUCCUUAUAUCAGUGGGGGAAACAGAGACGGAGCGGAUUUAACUGAAUUUGGACAUGUUCAACUGCAUUAUGCACGAUUUGAACUCGUCGCUAGCAA